UGCUCUCUCUUCUCUUUUCUCUCACAUCUCUCUCUCUCUCUCAAGCGUGCACUCGCCCGAUCCCGCACUCAGUGACUCGGUCCGCUCGAGUGACUCAGUACCCGCUGCUGAAUUCCACGACAUGCCUGCUCUUCUUCUACGCUCACCCACAACAAUGUCCUGCGACUUCUACUAAGGCUUUCUGAUAUAGCUGCUGCGAAAUUGUUUGUCGGAAGCUCUUUUCUGUGUCUCUUCAUAGCUUCGAUUCUCAAGCUCUUGAAUUUGGAAAGGUUCUGGUCAAUUUGGCGAGAAUGGAGCUGUUUUCUUCAGUUUUGAAGUUUUGGACGGGGGUCUGGAAGUGGUGUGGUUGUAGCUGAGGUGUGGUUAGGGCUUUUUGUUUUCCUGCGAAUUCGGGAGUGCUUUUAUGAAUACGAACUAUUCGGGGUCGAGACAAAUCUGGAAAGUUGUGUUUUGGUCGGAAAUUUGGGUUGGUCGUGUUUGUAAUCCAGGGUUAGUGUUGUGAAUUAUGUAAAUUGCUGAAGUUGAAGGCUUGUUGUUCGUUUUUGAUUCUGAACGAUGAGAAACAAAGCUUAGUAGCUAAUCUCUUAGUAUUUCCUUUGAAUUUGGGUUUUCGAUUUCGGACUGGUGUGAAUUUGUGGGUUUUUAAAACAUAAUUUAGACAAUUUGAUUGCAUGAAAUAUAAGGUUUCGGUAGCGAAGUGAGGGGAAUACAUAUAGGAAAUGUUUUAUUCUCAGUUUAUAUUGGCCAAGAAAGGGCCACUAGGGACGAUCUGGAUAGCAGCGCAUUUGGAGCGGAAGCUACGAAAGAAUCAGGUUGCCGAUACUGAUAUUGGUGUUUCCGUAGAUUCAAUUCUUUUUCCUGAUGUACCAAUUGCACUUCGGUUGUCCAGCCAUCUUCUGCUUGGUGUGGUGAGAAUAUAUUCUAGAAAGGUUAAUUACCUGUUUGAUGAUUGCAGCGAGGCUUUGCUUAAGAUAAAGCAAGCUUUUCGCUCCACUGCUGUUGAUUUACCACCUGAAGAGUCUACUGCACCAUACCAUUCCAUCACCUUGCCAGAGACUUUUGAUCUUGAUGAUUUUGAGCUGCCAGAUAAUGAAAUAUUUCAGGGUAAUUAUGUUGAUCAUCACGUCAGUACAAAGGAACAGAUUACACUGCAGGAUACCAUGGAGGGUGUCAUUUACUCAACAUCACAGUUUGGAUUGGACGAGCGGUUUGGUGAUGGUGACACUUCUCAGAUUGGUUUAGACCUUGAUGAGGAGCUGCUCUUAAACAAGGUUGUAGCUCCAGGGCAUGAUGGAGGUUCAAAUGCUGAUUCACAGGUGUCGAUCCAACCAGUGACACUCUUAUCAAAAGAUGGAAGUUACAAGGGGAUUACUGAACCUUCAGGUGUCCAUCCAAUCAGUGAAAAUCAGGUUGGUCCAGCCACGGAUACUGAAAUGGUCGAGAAUGCUCAGGCUCCAUCUACUCCUGGAUUAUUGGAAGAACCAGACUUGUCCGGUGCUCAGGAGGCUCUGGCUUGUGACGAUCAUAUGGAAUCAGAAGAUCAUAAUUUAACACGAUUAGUUGCCGUGGAGGGUGCAGUCAAUGCUUGCCGAAAGUCAGAUCUUCAUUCUGGGGAUACUGAUAUGGCAAAUUUAUCUUCAUGCAAUGGUUUGAAUCCUAAUACUGUCGAGGAGAAUGGCUGCUUUCCGGGUGAUCUGGACAUCAAACAUUUGAAGCCACAGGGACACAUGCAACCUACUGCAGCGACUAUGGAGCAUAGGGCGCCAGAUAAUUGCCUUUCAACUUCUUUAACCUCUUCAGAUCCCACUGAACAAAUCAAACCCAUUUUUCCGGUAUCAGAAUGUUCGGAUGGGAUCAUUGGUGUGUCAGAUGGUAUGGACAGGGUUGAAGAUAUCAAUAAUGGAGUUGUGAUAGACACUGAACCUAGUACACACCUUGUACAUCAAACUGAUGUGAAGUCCGCUGGUGCUAGGUUGGAUGAAACUGCUGCAUCACCUAGUUGCUCUCAUGUCACCUGUGAUUUUGAGGAUACUGUUCAUAGAACCUUUUCAAGUAGCACUGGUGCACUACAAGCAAAGGGCUAUCUAGAAGAUGAUCAAGCAUCUCCAAGACCCGAAAUUCUCAAUGAUGUUGAAAUUAAUAAUGAUGUGGGAGUAUCAUGCUCCCCCACCAAAGUAGCAGUUUCAACUGCUGUCUUCCCAUUGGAAUCACCUGAGCGACCUGAGGUUGUAAAUUUUGAGGCUCAUGCUUGUCAAGAGCCAAAGGAGAAUGAGACUUUAAACCCUAUUGCUCUUGAGGUUACACCAUCAAAUCAAUCCCAUGUGCUUAGGGCAUGCAAGUCUCAUCUUAGCGAACCUAACACUUCAUCUCUUGGAGGUGAAGGGCACCUUGCAAAUGAUGUUACGGAUAAGGUCUUACUAAAAGAUAAAAUUUCAGAGCCUGCUUCAUGUGGUGAAAUUCAGGCAGGUUCCAGGUUGAUAGAUGAGCAACUGGACAAUGCAGGUUCUAAUGAUAGUCGGUUCAAUAAUGUAAAUAGUUCUGGGACUUCAGACUUUCCUGCUCCUGAAAAGUUGCUUGCUGUACCGGAGGGGCUCACUGGUAAAUCAAAUGAUUUGCUAGUGGAGUCUACACCAGAUAAAGCAGACCUAGCUGGUGGUGAUGGAGCUGCUGAAGAGACCAAAAUCAUCUCAGGAAAAAAGCGUAGCUUCACAGAAAGUAAUCUAACAGUGCAGAGUUUAAACUCAGUGGACUCUUUUGGCAUGACACGAUCCAAGAGAACUGCAGAGUCGAUUCCUGAUGAUGAUGAUUUAUUGUCUUCCAUUUUAGUUGGAAGAAAAUCUUCAGUUUUCAAAAUGAGGCCUACUCCACCUGCACCGGAAAUAGUAUCCAUGAAACGUCCUCGGUCUGCACCCCGAUCUAGCACCUUGAAGAGGAAAGUGCUUAUGGAUGAUACGAUGGUCUUGCAUGGCGAUACAAUUCGUGAACAGCUGACAAAUACUGAAGACAUACGUCGUGUUAGAAAGAAAGCUCCUUGCACACUCCCUGAGAUCUCAACUAUUCUUAGACAAUUCUUGGAGGAUGAAAUAUUUAGUGAGCCCGUUUCUACUGGUAUGUCUGCUGAAUUGAUAUUUGUGCAUAGUGAGACAUUUGAUCUGAGCAGAACCAGGGUUUCUGAAAAUGAUCAAGGCAAUACUUCUUUAGAAGUAGCGAAGGAUAUAGAAUCUUCCGUUCGGCCAUAUGUCGCUGAAGAAAGUGGAAUGAAUGGAAGUUCUGAAUCCGUGGUAGUGAGAUGUGAUGUAGACGCACAACCUGCUGACAUUUCCAGUCCUAGUCAGCGGCAUCAGGCCAGCAAUUUUAACUUUGGGUGUCAUGGAAUUGAUUCUCAAGGUCAGAUAAAGGCAAUUUCUGAUGUCGAGGAGCUUAAAACUUCUCAACAUGAAUCCUUUGGGGAGAUCACUGAAAUGGAAUUUGAGAGAGAGAAUGUUGAAGUUGCUGAAGGCAUAAAUUGCUCUACUGUUAAUAGGCUUGAAUCAUCAUGUCCAACUGAUCUUGUUGCCGAAGAUAUUUGCAACAUGACAGCUGACUUAGCAGUUCGGCCAGCUCUCAUUGAUAAAACCAAUGAUGCAUCUGCUUGCCUACGGAUGAAUGUAUCAUGCAUGUCACCUGAUAAGAAAUUGGAUGCUCAAACUGUCGAGGGGGAUGCUUCAAUGGUGGAUAUAAGCAAUGGGAAAGUAACUGAGUCCAUUGAAAUUGUACAAGAUAAUGUAGGAAUUGAAGAACAUGUUCAGUCAGAUUGUUUUAAACCUGCUGAUGGUUUAGAAGCUUCACUUGCAAGUGAGUACAAUAUUCUAGCUUUUGAAAAUGGUAUCCAAACCUUGGAGGAAGCAGAAAAUAAUAAGCUAGGAGUUGUCAAUGAAGAAGUAGUCCUGCCUGUGGACUUGGGUUGUGAUGUUAAAGACCCUCUUAUGUGGAGUGGAGAAAGUAAAAUAGAUUGUCCAGAUUCUGUUGAACUUCCUUUGGAUGUGAAUAAUGCUUCCCUGAAUGGUCAAGUAAAUGCUGGCUAUCAGGAAGCUGAUCCACCUAGUAUCAUGGAUGGAGAAAUCCCUGCCCUUGACUAUCCUGGCAAUGAAGAUCGCAGUGGUUAUGAAGAUGUCACUCUUGAGAAUGAUACAGAAUUUUUGAAUGUAGAUGAUGAUGAGGCAGUUGAAGAAGAUGAUGACAGUAUGCCAUGUGCUGAAGAAACUCGUCUUCUUGAGAACAGUGGAUGGUCUUCUCGCACCAGGGCCGUCGCCAAUUAUCUACAGACUUUAUUUGAUAAGCAAGCUGUACAUGGAAGAAAGACCCUCGCCAUGGACAAUCUAUUAGCUGGUAAAACUCGUAAGGAAGCAUCAAGGAUGUUUUUUGAGACACUGGUUCUCAAGACUAGGGAUUACAUACACGUAGAACAGGCAAAGCCUUUCGACAACGUAAAUAUAAAACCUCGGGUAAAGCUCACGAAGUCAGGCUUCUGAUAUCUCAAGUAGGAAACGCAGAUACAGUUGAAAAGAACCAUAUAGUUUUAGUGUUCUGAUGGGGCGGCAGGGAUGGGUUAGUCAUUUUUUCUUGAUUAGAUUCUUUGCUUAAUCUUGUAUUUCUAUCUAUAAUUUUUAGUCUAGGAAUUGUCUUUGAAUAGUCUAUGUAGCUUUAACAGUGAGAGUUUCAUGAUGUUGAUUCUAGCAUUAGUGUUGUUAGUGUGAAUCAUAAUUAUAUGUAUAUAUCUGUAAAAUAUUACCAUUUGCAAUGAAGACGCUAAUUUAUUUGUUUGGUUUU